GACAAUGGGCUUUACGAGUCACGAAGGGAACCCAAGAUUCUUCACUAAGUCUUGGCUUGCGAGCCAUGCUCGUACCUGUGUCAUUUCCGUCCGGAAUUUACUAUUAUUGGAUACGAUACUACCUUGAUUCAAGGAAAUUUCCAGGGCCAAUCAGCCUCUAAAGCUCAUCCGAGGCUCAACUUAUCCAAGGAAGUGAAUGUGGUCGUUACAAUUCAGAUGCUGCAGAUCAUAAAGCCCUCUAUCGUAUCCCGAAGGGGGUUCUCUUCUUCUCCAAUAAAAUGUCGAGAAUCUUAAUGAUAUUCAUUUUCGGAGCUCGUAAAGAAAGGCAAAUAAUAUCUUGGCGAGAGGGGAUGAAAUGCAUCAGGUCCACAAUUAGACACUGCAGAAGUGCCAGACGAUACAACAGAAUGGGGGCGGAGCGAGAUGUAGUUCACCGAGUACGAAAUGGCCUCGUUCAGGAAGACAGCUCAUGACAGUCAUAACAGUCAAUCGCGAGUAUAAAGGGCGGGUCAUCUCCUGUCAUAUAGCUCGUUCAGAAUCAUCAACAAUCUCCCGCAAGUAUCAAAUCCACUAUUCAUUGUCUACUCUAUCCGGCCACAAGCCACUUAUCAACAUGAAGAAUAUCUUUGUUGCUACCUUGGGUCUCUUCGCUGCAGUUUCGUCUGCCUUGCCCUACACCACUCCUGUCAAUGACAACCCUAUCUCUGCUCUACAAGCGCGCGCGACGACAUGCUCGGCCAAGGCGACGGAUAACCUCAUCUUCAAGGUCUCCAUGAAGACCUUCCAGAAGGCGCGCAAGGCCAAGAACCCCUCCAAGUGCAACUGGUCAUCGGACAACUGCUCCAAGUCGCCCGACAAGCCGGAUGGAUACAACUUCAUCCCCAGCUGCCAAAGACACGAUUUCGGCUACCGGAACACCAAGAAGCAGAAGCGCUUUACGAAGGCCAUGAAGAAGCGCAUUGACGACAACUUCAAGAAGGAUCUCUACAAGUACUGCAGCCAAUUCUCCGGCUGGAGCUCGUGGAAGGGCGUCGAGUGCCGUCGCCUCGCCGAUGUCUACUAUACUGCUGUCCGCCACUUUGGAAAGCGUGACGAAGAGCUCGAAUUCGACCCUGACACUAUUGAGUUCGAGAAGCGUGAUGAGGUGGCCGAUGUCCAGCCUGACGAAUUCGAUAACUUUGACGGUUCCGAGGUGGACCCUGAUAUUGAGGGCCAGGUUAUCCCCGAAGUUUCCGAAGAUGAUGGAGUGGAUGUGGAAAACCUUGACGAGAUUGAAAACCUAUAGGGGUUCGACAUUUUGUUCGACACCUUUUAAAUAGGCUACUUUGGAUUACACCAGAUGCCAAUGGAGGAGGGAAACCAACGCAUGCUUUUGCCUGUUUGUAACUUUGAGUUCCUACGCUGCGACCCGUUCUUAUAACAUCUGAUGUGAAUUGUGCUUUUUGUUAUGUGCCCAGUACUACCAUCCUACGCUGUCAUCACAAAAGAUGGAACAGGAGUAAUUGUGUGUUUUCAGACUUGAAAUAGGUAGCAGACCCCUAG